AUGGCAUCAUCAUUGGUUAUUUCUACAACUACCACCACGAUUACUUCAAUUGCUACUGAAAUAUUGAAUCGUCAACUCAGUGAUGGCCAAAAUCUACCCCCACCACCAUUAUCACAAACAUGGCAAGUUAUUUUAAAUACAUUUAUUCAUCAUUUUUUAAAGUUUUUAAAUUUAUUGAAUAAAAUACCUGGAGGUCCAGUUGUAUUAAGGUAUAUAAAAUCUUCAUAUCAGAAUGAUCCAAUAAGAUCAUUAUUUGAGUAUUGUUUGUUCAUAUUUGCCUUAACCUAUUUUUUUACAUCAAAAAAGAAAGAAAACAAAUCUGAAAUUGUUAAAUUUUCAAGUAAGGAGAUUGAUGAGUUAUGUAACGAAUGGGAGCCAGAACCUUUAGUAAAAGAAGUGAUCAAUUUACAGGAGUGGCAAUUAAAAUCAAUUCCAGAAAUUGUUGGUCAAAAUCAAUUUAAUUUGAAAAAAAUAAUCAUAAAUAAUAAUACCUACAAUGAUGAAAAACAAUCAAUUAAGAAUUUUGCUUCUCAAGACUUUUUAAAUUUAAAUGAAAAUCAAAGAAUAAAAGAUGCGGCAGAAGUUGAAAUUAAAUAUGCUGGUGUAGGUGCUUGUGGACCUCCUAAUUUUUAUGGUACUCAAGAUGUUCACGUUCGAGUAGAAGAGGACUUAGCUGAAUUUUUAGAUUCUGAGCAAGCUAUCAUAUAUGGACAAGAUUAUGUCACUGCUGGAUCUGUUAUUCCGGCAUUUUUAAAAAGAGGUGAUUUAUGUGUUGUUGAUAGAAAUGUAAAUAAUGCUGUGCAAAAAGCUUUAAUUGUAAGUCGUGCUGAUAUUGAAUGGUUUGAUCAUAAUGAUAUGGAUCAUUUAAAUCAAAUUUUGACUCAAUUAAAACCUGUAUUAGAUAAACAAAAACCAAUAAAAAGAAGAUUCAUAGUGACUGAAGGUCUAUUUGCAAAUUCUGGUGACAUCGUAAAUUUACCAAAAAUUGUGGAAUUAAAAAACAAGUUUAAAUAUAGGUUAUUUUUGGAUGAAUCUUUAUCAAUUGGAACGUUGGGAAUUACUGGAAAAGGUGUAGCUGAACAUUUCAAUAUUCCAAGAGCUGAAAUAUCAAUUACAAUUGGUUCAAUGGCUAAUUCAUUUGCUUCAUCUGGAGGUUUUUGUGUAGGUGUUUCUUCCAUGGUUCAUCAUCAAAGAAUAUCAUCAAAUGCGUAUGUUUUCAGUGCAUCUUUACCUCCUUAUUCAGCUAAAGUUACUUCGCAAGCCAUCAAAGUGAUAAAAGAAAACAUUGAUUCUAGAACUGGACAAUCUAAAUUGAUGACUACUUUACAUAAAAUUACAAAUUACACAUAUCAAACUUUACUGAGACUGUCUAACACCAAUUUGAAUUGUUAUUUUGAUAUUGUAUCAUCCCCACAAUCUCCAAUGAUUCAUUUACAGCUCAAAGAAACCUAUCGUGAAAAAUUAAAUUUACCAUUAUUAUACGGAAAUUCUUCAUUUAUAACGACUGGUAAACCAUCCCAGUAUCCCAAUAAAUUUGAUGAAUACUUUAAUCUUGAAUGCUUUUUGUUACAAAAAGUUAUCGAUUUGAUUUUAACCAAGAGCAAUAUUUUGUUAACUAGAUCAAAAAUAAUUUUAGAGCAUGAGGAUUUACCAGUGUUACCACCGCAUUUGUUGAUCAAUUUAAGUGCAUCCGUUACUAAAUCGGACAUUGACAUGUUAGUUGAAAGCUUAGAUGCUGUCGUUUAUUCUAUUUUCAAAAAUAUUCAAGCUGAAAAUGAUCUAAUUAAUUUAACAAAUGAAAUUUUAAAUUAUUAA